AUGAACGGCUAUCCACCCUUCGCUGGGGCCAACAACUCAGCUCACAAUCAGUCGAGAAGUUCAGUGGACAUGAGCCAAGGCGGAUCAAGGAUGCAGCACCGUGGGUCAGUCGAUAUGGGCCAGAACGGCUCACGAGGGCCUGAGAGGAACGGCAUGCCGAUGCCAGUUGGAGGACCUCAGCGGGGGCCUAUCGGAGGUCUACCAAAUUCGAAGAACACACAGCUGGUGCCAUGCAAAUUCUUCCUACAAGGCACAUGCCAGGCUGGCCGAACCUGUCCCUUCUCCCACGACGUUGAGGCAGCAGCGCGGCCUGCACCUUGCAAAUAUUUUUCAAAAGGAGGGUGCAAGUUCGGACGGAAGUGUGCGCUCCUACAUAUCACAUCGGACGGCACAGUCCUGAACAGAGCGCCGCCUUUCCCGCCUGCACAUGCUGGUCCACCAUUUCCUGGCGCUCCACCUCCUCAAGCUUUCCAGCAGCCUCCGCCGCCUGGUUUACUCUCGUUACAAGCUCAGGGAUUGGAGCCGAGACCGCAUGGCGAUGUGCCAGCCGACUACGAUGGUCACCAGUAUGGGCACAUGCGCAAUGGGUACGAUAGACCACAGAUCGACAUGACCUACACGUCAGCCUCACCCACAUAUGGCUCUCCACCACACGACAGCCGGUUCGCACACUCGCCACCAGGCAAGGGUUUGUCAGUACUGGAUGCGCCUCUACCGAACUCCUUUGACAGCAAUGGCAUAUCCAUGGCAGCUCGGAACGGUCCAUUUGCGGCGUCAGUACCCUCGAGAUUCGGCGUAGAGUCACCACCUUCAUCCCUACCUCGCAAGUCGCAACUUGGCAACACCGCGCUAAGAGACCUGCACAAUUCAGCAUUCGGCGACAGAGGCAUGGACGGCGUACUGGCGGGCUCUUCACCACCCAGCGGACCAGACGAGCCACUCACUUUUCCAAAGCGCUCACUACACGCCGACAGAUUACGCGAACCAAGACAGCAAAUGAUCUCUGCCUCACUCGGCACCAAACUCCCCACCCAAUCCUUCGAAUACUCGGACGAUGAAGAAGAUCCAGACACUGACCGCGAAGAAGACCUCCUCCCCGCCAGCCUCCGCGACCUCAUCCCCGAAGGCCGCUCGCGCAAGGAAUCCCGCUCCUACAUCGAAGACGAAAACACACCCGCCUCCUUCCUCGCCUCCCAACGCCGCACCAUCUCCGGCCAGCGUAUUCCACAAGACACGAGCACGAAAUACGGCAGCCCGCACUCUUCCAGCCCUUCCCGCUUCAACGGGCACGGGCUCAUGCGCAGCUACAGCGGCCGAGACAGCGAGGGCUUAGUAGGCUCUCCGCUCCGCAACUCGAGCUCCUACUUUAUCACCUCCCAUCCGCGAACGAACGGCGAUCUGAGCCCGACGGUCAGCAGUCCGCCGCGACAAGCGAGCAUGAGCAUGUUGACGAAAGAACUACAACGGACCAAGCUCGACGUUGCGAACUCGCAAGCCGCUUCAGUGGGUAUGACGCGCACAACGUCCAGCGGCUCUACCGGCGGCCGCAGCAGCUUAGAUCGCGCCAUGAGCGGCACAAGCGUCGGAAGGGAGCGAAUCGACGAAGAGCAGGAUCUAUUCGAUAUGGAUGAAGUGGGCGGUGAUUCUUCACGAACGGCUCCCAGAGCAAUCAACAACGACCGCGGGAGUGGGAAUGGGAAUGUAUGGGGUGUUGGGAGGAGUUACGGGUCUUCGCCCGCUAGGGAGGCUACUUUUGGUGCGAUUGGGGGACAUCGGACUGCGAAGUAG